GAUAUGGCAACACAAGUUUAAAACGUCAAAAUGACGUUACCCAAGAGUACAAUUACAUAGGAAUUAGAAAAAUAAUUUUUAAUAAUAAAUGACAUAAAUAUUCAUUUAUAAUCAUACAUUAUGAGUUUUUAAAAUUCACAAAAUCAGCCAGUUGAAUUUUCCUCAACACCAGCGCACAUUCUAGUCAGAAAUGUUACUUACGGACUUUCCGUACGACUUGGAGUUUCUGUAUAAUUUUUAUUUAAAAUUUGUGGCGGAGUCGUUACUGUAUUUUAGGAAUUUCGCGUUGUAUAUUUGCUUGUGGGUGUUAUGGUAUUUGUUGGUGUGCUGCGUGGUGUACAGGAGGUACGCACGGCGGCUGCCGACCCGGACCCGCGGCGCGCUCGGCGCAAGACGAGUGCUCGUGGUUGUAGCUCAUCCAGACGAUGAGUGCAUGUUCUUCGGACCUACUAUAUUCAGACUAUGUGAACAGGGUGCUGAUGUACACAUAUUAUGUUUAUCUACCGGUAAUUAUGAGGGCAAAGGCAAUAUAAGACGUAAAGAACUAUGGGAUGCAUGCCACAUACUGGGGGUUCCUGAUGAAAACAUAUGUAUUAUAUCCGACACAAGGCUUCAAGACAACCCUAAGAUAAACUGGCCCGUCCCAGUGGUGGCCAAGCUUAUACACCACCAGAUAGAGGCCCUGGAUAUUGACACGCUUGUGACUUUUGAUAGGGGAGGCGUUUCAUCACAUGCUAACCACUCUGCCGUUUUUUAUGCUGUUGCUUAUAUAUUUGUUGAGAAAAUUAUGCCUACAAGAUGCGCAGUUUAUACCCUAGAUUCGGUGAAUAUACUGAGGAAAUAUUUGGGUUUUCUUGACCUUCCGUUAAGCUUUGUGUUGUCUUCCAAGAGAUACUUCCUCCGAUGGACAGAGAGCCGUCGAGUGGUCCGCGCGAUGAAGCGCCACCGCUCUCAGAUGAUCUGGUUCAGGUACCUAUACGUUAUGUUCUCGAGGUACAUGGUAAUCAACACGCUGAGGAGAAUAAGCCUCGCGGACAUCGAGCUUGAACUUGAAGUAGAUGAUUGAUGUACUUAGACUAUCAGAUUUGUGGUGUACGUUCAGGAACUCGAAAUGUGUACAUGGAGAAAGAAGUAAAUGGGAUAUUAAGCUAUUAUCACUCUUAUUGACGUCCGUGGACACUUUUGCAUUCGAAAGAUUUGCGAUUAAACUUAAAAAAAAUAUAUUCGCGCGAUUAUAUCGUUCAGGCGGUUGCUAAUAAGGAAAACUUAAACUGGUACAGAUUAGACGGAGCAUAGACGUAAUGUGAAAUUAGAAAUGCAAAAUUUUGAUCACAUCGCUGUAUAUAAGUGGCAGUGGAUAUAUGUUAACAACCGUGUGGUAUGUUUGUCAACCAAAUUUACUUUGGUUUUCUCUAAAUGCUUGCUUGAAUACUUGAGCACCCACACAAAUGCAAUACACUUGCAUUUAUCAAACAAUUGACAAUUUUGAUAGAGUUUUAAUACAGACUGCUAUAAAAAAUAUAUAAAAAUGUAAAAAAAAUGCGCUACGUGAGCGAUACAAACUUAAGUAAGUACUAUUUAGAUAGACAUUGGAUUAGUUAAGUAUAGAUAUUUCCUACAUUGAAGAAUUUUUACCGUAAAUAAAUAUCUAAAAUUCAGAUUUUUUUUAAACAAUUGACUGAACAUUCCGUUUUAGCCAAGAUUUUUUCGACUGCAAUUAUUGUUAGAUUUAAAAAUACCUAAAGGCUUUCAUUCGUAACCUUAAAACCUCGAAAACGACCUCAUAUUAGCAUAGAAUUGUCAGUUUUUACGAUAAUUUCCUUAUGCUUUGAGCUUAUAUUUUCUGCUGCGCCCAUCUAGACUUUUUGCUUUUAUAAUAUUGAACAAUAAUUUUACAUUAUUUGAUGGGUACCUUUUCAUGAGGUAAGGCAUAAUUUGAAGGUUCUUGCGAAGGACAAUCAUGAUUUAAGAUAUUAAAAUUUUAAAAUAAACUGUGAUGUUGGACCGCCUUUCACUAUUUCACAUAUCGUUAUAUGAAAUUUACCUUUUCUGUUCACUUAUUAUUGUCUUACCUCAGAGCUGUCUAAACUUGGUACUACUACAAAAUUGUGUUUUACCCUUGUAAUAUAUUUUUCCAAUUGAAAAUAAUACCAAGGUGUCAAUGUAAACUAUUUAAUUUAAUUUAAAUUGAAAUCCAUAAUCCUAGAUUAUGAUAAUAAAUGAGGUACCUGUCAUUUGAGGGUUUUGUCGCUAUAUUUUAUUUAUUUGUAGGUACUUAUUUUAUUUAUUUACAAAUAUUGAGAUUUAUAAGAAAUGUACAGAUUUAUUGACACUAAAUUGUAUUUUGAAAAUGAAUGUGUUGUUGUGAAUAGAUGUAUUGAGUAAGAUAAAGUCAGAUUAUUUAAAUUAUGUAGAGUGAAUGAUUUAUGUCCGUCAUCUCUAAUCCCUAGUAAUCUCACAUCAAUCGGUCCUUGAAAGUAAAUUCAACAUGGCGCCACUUUCAUAUUUGUGUUUGACAUUGAAAUUCACCUAAAACAGUCCGAUGGGUUGAAGUAUGCAUUAGUUAAUGGUGAUGCUAAACGCAGUAGUGUAUAUGUAAUUACCGUAUCAAUAAAACUUGCAAACAAUGUAAAAAAACAUUUUCCUCUGUAAAGUUCUUACCAAGAACCUUAAGUUACACCAAUAAUGAUUUUUAUUCACAUUAUUUGAAGCUUCACUUCGAUCAGUGAAUGUUUUAAAUAUAAAUAUAUCGUAAAAAAUAUUAAAUUAUUUAUACCGUAUUAAUUUUAAAAACUUUGUAGAUGAGUUAAUUUACACUGGAAGAUUUAUUGACGAAAAACAUUGAUCUAAAUUCCUUCACUAAUAAAUUCUUUUGAAUGUUUUUCAACGUUCUCAAAAAAUAAUUGUAAUAUUUCGACUACAAUACACUAUUGCAUUGAUUAAUUAAUUCAUUUACACUAUACCAAGUCAAUUUAAAUUAAUUUGAAAUAUUUAUUUCAGUCGUUAUAGUAUUACUCGAAAUGUUAAUACAUUAAAUUAUUAAACCAGGGAAAAUGUCACGCUAAGAAAUAAAAUUAAUAGAAGAUGAACGAUUGUCGAACAAAGCAUUGUUUACGUGGAAAAACAUUAUCGACACGUUGCGCUAGUCAUUACCGCAAUUUCCAAUAAACGAUCCGAAUAGCUUUUUUCGAUCUAUCUCAAAAAAGGACCAAUCAAAAAAGUAUUUUUACUUCCUUGCAAUUGAUUGGUUCAUUCUAGUCGGAUUUAAGGUUGAAAUUAGAUUCGUUUAUUGAAAACGGCUAUUAGUAAGAGUACACGGUUUAAUUGAAGGGUGUUUAGCGGAUUUUUCAUGGCAAUUAUAGCUGUCAAUAUUUAAGAAUUACUUAAUAAUUAACUGGGGUUGAAAUGGCAUAGUAAAUGUAAUUUGACAAUCUUAUCACAGUAAGCCGACUUUAACUGCCUUUGUAAUCUAUAAGUUUGAAAUGCCCGAUAAUUUCUGUGGCGUGUGGGUGUUUAUAGGCCAAGAUUAUCAUCAAAUUAAAUUCAUUCAUUCAUUCAUCGUUGAAAUUGGUUUAACAUUUGAUCAUUCAUAUCAAAUGUUAAACCAAUUUCAACUUAAAAACAGAAAAAGUCCUAUGCUGUGGUUAACUUACCACCACGGUAACUAUAAAAAGCGAUUUUAAAUAUUUGUAUUUACGUAAAAUGUUUAAAAUACAACGUUCUCUUUCAUCAUCAUCAGCGUUUUGUUCUACUGCUGGACAUAGGCCUCCUCCAAUAUGCGCCAUUUUACCCUGUCUUCGGCCUGUCGCAUCCAGUUCUUACCAGCGACCUUUCGCAGAUCGUCACUCCACCUAGCUGGAGCUCCACGUUCUCAUUGCCAGCUAAAUUGCCAUGAAAAUUACGCUAAUUCCGACAAUCCCUAAGCUACGCUAUGCUACGUGAAGCACAAACUGUCAAAUUCUGUGAUAUAUUUUAAUGCUUCCGUGAAUUUUGAUGCUAAUCGGCUUUCAUUAUUCAUACAGCAUUCGGAAAUAAAUGACCAAUUUGACUGUA